AUGGUGAUCCAAGCCCUGACCCGCAUCUGCGGCGACGCCCAAAGCGUCGUCGACAUCUACGUUAACUACGACUGUGAUCUAUCGGCUGCCAAUCUCUUUGAACGGCUUGUGAACGAUUUGUUCAAAGUAGCUCAAGGCCGCCAUUCCUUAGAACUAGGUGCAUCUCCGAAUCAAGAACGAGCAAUGAAACUACGUGGAUUGGAAUGUUUAGUAUCCAUAUUAAAGUGCAUGGUGGAGUGGAGCAAGGAUUUGUAUGUGAAUCCCAAUUUGCAAUCUACCGUAGGACCAAGGGAAACUAGGGAAAACGAUAACGUAUCUAUUAAAUCCCACGGUGGAUCUUCGAAUAGCUUACAUUCGAGUGAGAGUGGGAGUAACAAGGAGAAUCUAGAUUCGCCUGAGCAGUUAGAGGUGCUGAAACAGCAGAAGGAGGUUUGGGAGACUGGUAUCGACAUGUUUAACCGAAAGCCGCGAAAAGGUAUUUCCUACCUUCAAGAACAAGGUUUACUGGGUCCUAGUCAAGAAGAUGUGGCCAAAUUUCUGCAUAAUGACGAACGUCUAGACAAGACGUUUAUCGGGGAAUUUUUAGGUGACAACGACGAAUUUAGCAAACAGUGCAUGUAUACUUACGUGGAUCAAAUGAAUUUUACCAACAUGGACUUUGUUGCUGCUCUUAGACAUUUCUUAGAUGGAUUCAGGUUGCCAGGUGAAGCGCAAAAGAUUGAUAGACUGAUGGAAAAAUUCGCCAGUAGAUACUGUGAAUGCAACCCCAACAAUGGUCUAUUUGCAACUGCAGAUACAGCUUACGUCCUUGGUUUUUCUAUAAUUAUGCUCACGACUGAUCUACACUCGCCUCAAGUCAAAAACAAAAUGACCAAAGAGCAAUAUAUCAAACUGAACAGAGGAAAUACCGAGAGUAAAGACGUACCCGAAGAAUACCUCUCUCAAAUAUACGAUGAAAUAUCGGGACAUGAGAUCAAAAUGAAAAAUCCAGUUAACAAACCAGGCAAACAACAGAUCAACAGUGAAAAGAGAAGAAAAAUUCUUUUUAAUAUGGAGAUGGAGGCGAUUUCCACUGCCGCUAAGAAUCUUAUGGAAUCUGUUUCACAUGUCCAAGCACCAUUUACUCUAGCCAAACAUCUUGAACACGUGAGACCCAUGUUUAAGAUGGCUUGGACCUCGUUUUUGGCUGCUUUUAGUGUUGGAUUACAAGAUUGUGAUGACCCUGAAGUUGCCGCUUUGUGCCUGGAUGGAAUAAGAUGUGCCAUAAGAAUAGUAUGUAUAUUCCACAUGACAUUAGAACGGGACGCCUAUGUACAAGCUUUGGCGAGGUUUACCCUUCUGACUGCAAACUCCCCAAUAAUGGAUAUGAAAGCAAAAAAUAUAGACACUAUUAAAACAUUAAUCAUGGUAGCACAUACGGAUGGAAACUAUUUAGGAUCUAGUUGGUUGGAUAUCUUGAAGUGUAUAUCACAGUUGGAAUUGGCUCAACUCAUUGGGACUGGAGUCAGGCCGGAGUUUUUAUCAGGUAAAUUAAAAAAUUGGAUCAAUAAUAAUUAA